AUGAGGAAGAGCUUGUACUUGAACCAGGGAAUCAAUGACAAAAUUGGAUCGGGAGCAGAGCAAGUAAGCAUCGUGGACACAAUUGAUUAUCGUUCAUCGGCAGGACAAGGCCAAGAAAAAAGGGAUGUACAAAUCAUCCACCAAAAUUGUUCCAAGGGCAAGGAUUCCACGUCGAGCGGGGGCAUAUUGGCCGAUGCUGCUGCUUCCGUGGCAUCUACCCUUCAAUCUGCUAAGGAUGUCAUUGCCGGGAAAUGA